AUGGUGGAAUUAACAGAGCAAGAAAAGCUUGAACGUCGUAGACAAAAGCGUCAACAGCGCAUCUUACAAUCUGGAGAGAGCCGUCUUGGUAAAAUCACUGGCACUGCCUUCCCCAACCGUGCUUCUGCAUCACCCUCACCUUCGCCCUCACCCUCUACGUCCUCCAUUAACAAGCCUGCUAGUGCCACCACCCAUGCACCACUUUCAUCCCGUACACAGCGCAGAGACAGCGAUGAUCCCAGCGAGGAAUUAGGAGCACCACCACCUUUGAACGAUAUCAACACCAUGAUGAACCAACAGUUUGCUAGCAUGUUUGGUGGUAUUUCAGGUAUCCCAGGAAGUGAAGGAAAUCCUGCUGCAGCUGCUUUGAUGGCCAACAGCCUACAUGCUGAAGGACAACAAUCCAACAUGGACCCAUUUCAGCAACUAUUUGCUAAUGCAGCAGCCGCUCAAGGAGGACAAGGUGGAUUCAACCCUGCUGCUUUGUUGGCUACCAUGGCAGGCGGUGGAGGAGCAGAGCAACCCAUGACAGAGGAGCAGCAAAAGAUAGAUAGAUCACAAAAGUAUUGGAACCUGCUGCACUUUAUCAUGAUGAUCUUGUUGGGAUUCUACGCCGUGUACACAGAAUGGACCAGAGCUGGAUCCGAAAGAUUUGCUUCAUUGCUGUCUAGUAAUGCCUCUGUAGCCAGCUAUCCUGCUAUCCAUGUGCCAUUAUUCUGGUACUUUAUCACAAUCGAAUUAGGCCUUCAAUCAGCUCGAUUGUUCUAUCAACAGGGCACCAUGCCACCCACAUCCACCAUUGCAACAUUGGCGACUCAAUUGCCUCAUCCAUUGGGUAGCAUCAUUACCAUCUUUCUGCGCUAUCGCUUGAUUUGGACUUGUCUUUCACAAGACAUCUGUAUAUUAGUGUUCAUUAUUGGCUUAUCUCAGGUGAUUUCCAAUGUAUUUUAG